CGUCUGUGUUAGCUAAGGCAGUCAGGUUUUAUGGCUUCAGGUUACAAGUACAGUAAAGAAUGCAUUGCGCUACGUCGGUCUCAUAGACAGUAAAAGAAAGGUCGGACUCACUGACUGUAAACGUGAAAACUGACAUUUUAACUAAUGCUAGUCAACGUAAGUAGCUACAACUGGUGCUAACGCUUCAACUAAAACCUCACUUCGUUAUCCUUGCUUCUGUGUCGCACAGUUUUCAACACAAACGUUGUAGUAACUCGUUUGCCAUCAGUAACUACAAUUCCCACAAUUCCCUUAACGUAACAUACGCACUUUCUAGAACCUUGACGAGUUUUCUGGCGCUACUCACCUUUUCAGAAUAGCUAGCUAGCGUCAUUUUAUCGCAGCCUACCAUUCAAGCAGUUCACACCAAAAGGACCUUUAAUGUGGGGGCCAUCUGCUCGCAGGUGGUAUCAAUAUUAAGUUCGUAAGACUUGAGCAUGUAGAGCCUGUUGCUGUGUGCUAAUGGAUUAAUGGCAUCAUUAUUCCAAAGGAAAACUGUGUGAACUGACGGAUACUCGCUAACGUUAAACAUCAACAACAAAAACACGAAGGGGCAGGGCAGCUGCACAGGUCGGUCUGUAACGCUAGCUAUAUGUCUGGUGGACUUACUCAAAGUUGUUAAUUAGCGCAGGGAUGUAGCUGUCAUUGUGUAUAGCCAUGUCACAUUAUAAUAAUAGCCAGUUUUAUUUGUAACGUCAUACUAAGGUUAACAGUACGUGCAGCAGUUGCGUUGUAGCUAGCUAGAUAAUCAGCCAGCUGCCCUUGUGUAAACAGAUUUAUAACUUGUGCGCCAUGUAACGUUAGGUUACAGAAAAUACCUUUUAACAGUUUAUCUGAUUGGUAUAAAUACUGAUGUUCCAGAUCAGAUCCGUUUAUAGUUAUCUACCCGUGGGUCUGUUCAAAUAAUUUCACCGACUGGAGGACCAUGCAUCACCCUGCUCCCACAAGCAGUGCACUGGGGUUUCUGCCAGACAUGUAUUCAUUUUCGGGCCCCACAAACCUUCCUGAAUUUGACCUCGGAUCUCCAAGUACGUCUGGUCACCUACAGAGAGCAACUCUAUCUAACAACAGCUGGGAGACACGAUGCCUCAGGAAGCACAGGAGGAGAGUUGAUGAUGAGGGAUGCAGUGCUAAAAGGAGGAGGUUAAUGGUCGAGGCAGAAGUGAACAUUUCAGAGAACUCCGACACUAGCAUUGGUCAAGACUGGCCUACAGCGAACAGCUGCCCUCCUCUGCCUGCACAGCAAGCCAGCCCUGCACUUUCACAGCCCUGCCCAGCAUCUGAGAACUUGACUUUGCCACAGCCCUCUUCUGCUCUGCUGCGACCAGAGACAGAGAGCUCCUGCAUGGAGAUAGAGGCAGCUCAGAGGAAACUUCAGGAGAUCGAAGACAGAAUAACACUGGAGGAUGACGAUGAGGAUGAAGAUCUGGAUGUAGAGCCAGCACCGAGACGGCCUGUGCUGGUAAUCUCUGACAGUUUGAAGGAGGGUCUACAGCGCGGCAUCAGUGACAUCCUACCGCACACGGUAGCCCAGUCCGUGAGCCAUUCUUGCAUGGAGUUGGUGUUGUGGCGGCCACCAGACGAUCCCUUUUGUAAGAAGCGAAAGGGCUCAUUACAGAAACAGCGUAAACAACAGACAGUAUCUCGGCAACCCCCGACUCCAUGUCCAUCUCCCACCCCUCACAGUCCCCUCAACCCCUCCAGUCCAACUGCAGACACACACUCUUCUCUGUACAGCUUUCCUGUAGCCCACAGCUCUGGAGAGGAGGACAUGGAAAUGUAAUGGUGCUUGAUGACUUAAGAAACCAUGCUGUAGUUAAAGACUUGAAAUGUAGUCACAAAAAAGACUAUAAAGGACACAGAAACUCUUGAAGUUGGUCAGUUUGGCAAGGCACGUUGGCUUUACAUGAAUAUUGUGCUGUUUUUUUGACAGUUGUACAACACAUCUUUUGCUUUACAGUCACUCAGUUUAGUUUUUUUUUUCUUCAAUAUAAUCCCAUACAACUAUAUGUUAAGAUGAAACAAUAACGCUGACCUAAUCAGUAUUAUUUAUUUAAAUCUCCAAUACACCUGUCAUGAUCUCAAGACUUUGAAAAGUUCUAAAAACGGCCUUACAUAACCAAUUUUAUAUAAAUUACAGAAUUAACCUUUGCCCUUAGCCCUAAGCCCUUAGAAAUAAGAUAAUUUGUACAUAAUUUUGCUAAAGCCUGGCCAACAACACACUGGUGUACUGUUAAUAUGACUUUGUUCUUUGUUAAACAUCAGUGUGCAGCAUCUGAAUUUUGUACAGUUUUUAUGUUCAGCUUCUGGCCAUCAUUACCAGGACACUAAAUAUUGUUCCUGUGUGUUCACAUUUGCUCACAGCAUCCUGUUUGCUUUUGUGCUUGUUGUGAUAAAAGUUUAUCUUCCUAUAGUGCUUAGCAAGUAUACCAUCUGUGAGCUUUGAGAAAUUCGUAAAGAAGUCAUGGAAAUGCACAUUUUUUUAUGAUUUGAUUGUAUUUUCAUAAAUACAUUACCAGAAUUGCAACCAGC